AUGAAAUGGGCGCACGCCCUCCUGCUGCUGUGCGCAGCGCUGCUUGCUAACGCCAUCGAAAUCAAGCUUGACCAAACCGACGAAAACCGCCAACAAUGUUCGGGCAUGUAUAGCAAGAAGUCCUGGGGCGGCAGCGUCGACCCCUUCAUCCUCGUCGUGUUUCCCAAGGAUAACAUCGCCGCCGAGAAGGGCGACGAUCCCGUCGUCAGCCUUCUUGUCUUCGAAUGGCUGGACAAGGACUUGCUAGGCAAGCCCUCGGACGCGGACUACAUGGACAGGAAAUACAUCUGCGACGAUGAUGCCGUGUCACAGAAUUUCUGUAACACUACGCAUCUCGGCGAGUUUAUCAUUUCCGACGAUGCCGAUAAGACAGCCAAGCGCGUCAUUCGCACCGAGGCUAUCCACAUUGCGCAGAAGAACCGUCUGGCUGUGAACUACCCCAUUGAGAAGACCGGAUACUACUGCGUCGAAACCUUUGCCCCGGAGGGACAAGAGUACACUGCCAUCGCCGAGUUCAGGAACGCAUAUGGCGAGCUUCCGGCUGCUCAGAUUGCGAAGCUGCCUUUCUACGGAGGCAUGGCCAUUGUCUACGCCGUCGUUGGCGCAUUCUGGGGUUUUCUCUACUUUCAACACCGCCACGACAUCCUGGCCGUCCAGAACUACAUCACUGCCAUCAUCGCAUUCCUGGUCGUGGAAAUGCUCAUGACCUGGGGGUUUUACGACUACCAGAACCGCUAUGGCAACAACACUGGCAACAAGAUAUUCAUGAUCGUCGUGUCCAUUCUGAAUGCCGGUCGAAACUCAUUUUCUUUCUUCCUGCUCCUUAUCGUUUGCAUGGGUUAUGGUGUGGUCAAGCAUACGCUGGGUAAGACCAUGGUCUAUGUCCGUUGGCUCGCCGUGGCCCACUUCGUCUUUGGUGUGGUAUAUGCCAUUGCAUCUUUGACGAUCCGCCCUGACGAUGCUGGUCCGCUGGUCCUCUUGGUCAUCCUGCCUCUUUCCGCAACUCUUACGGCCUUCUACAUAUGGACUCUCAACUCUCUGAACAUGACUAUGAAGGACCUUGUCGACCGCAAGCAGCGCGUCAAGUUCCUCAUGUACAAAAGGCUCUGGUGGUGCAUUCUCAGCAGCAUUCUCGUUAUCUUUGGUUUCUUUUUCUUCAACUCCUUCGCUUUCGCCGGUGCCGGAGAUCCCGACUUUGCCCCUACUCACUGGCAGUUCCGUUGGUUCGUGUUGGACGGUUGGCUCAAUUUGGUCUAUCUCGCCGAUGUGUGCUUCGUUGCCUAUAUCUGGAGGCCAACUGCGAACAACCGCCGCUUCGCCAUGAGUGAUGAGCUUGCACAAGAUGACGAGGGUUUCGAGAUUGCUUCCCUCCGCGAUUCCCUAGACGACGAAGAACGUGGACCAAACGAUCCGCCUGCCUACGACCCUGCUCCCACGCGCAGCGGUGGCGGCGGCGGCAGCUAUGGUGGCCCUGAUCGUACCGAGUCUCCUCUCCCGGCUCCUAAACCUCAGAGACCAUCGAACCUGCCCAGGGAAAGUCUUGACGGGGACACGAUCUUUGCGGUGGGUGACGAUGACAAGUGGAGUGAUGAUGAGUUGGAUUCGCAGGAUGGCGGAAGGGCGGAUGGGAAGAAUGAGGAAAGGCAGAGGUUGACGGGGUGA